AUGUCAAGGACCCUCACACCGGGGAAACGCCGCGUGACAGCGUUAAAAAAGCAGAUGUUUCUCACAAUGGAGCUGCCCACAAUUAAAGUCAUCGGAGGGAAAAGUGGACAUGGAGACUGCGUGACCGGAGAGAAAUAUGUCGGAGGAGGGGGGGAACUUACCAAGGAGGACAUCGGAGACGAGACAGGAGGGACACGGGCCAGCUGUGGUGCAGGUGUGAAGCACGGCAUCGAGCGCCGCCGGAGGGACCCAGCGUGCGGAUGGUCAGGCACGGGAGGCGGACGGGACGGCAGAGAGCUGGAGGACCCGUGA